AUGGACCACCGUCAAGGUGACAACGACUACCUCAAUUACCGAUCAAGACACACGGGCAAUAAUUCUGACGAUGAUGCCAACACCUCUGGUGACCGUGUGGACGUCCGACAUAGUGCGCGAUGCCGACUCAUGGAACUUCCUGCAGAGCUGCGAUGCAUUGUUCUGAAGGAGCUACUGGUGUCGUCGGAACCUUUGUGGUUGGCAAGCGCGACUGCAAUGAAAUAUCUGGCUUCGAGGGGAUAUAUCGACGUCAAGCAUUACUUCGAAGUCCGACCAGCGAGGAAAGUGUUUCCCGAAAUUCUCGUUGCUUGUCGUCAAAUACACACCGAGGCUAGUGAGCUACUCUACACCAACACUAUCGAAAUGCACAUGGUCUCGCAACUGUAUGCAGGCCCACAUCUCCCCAGACCAAGCGAGUUCCUAGCUACCCUGCCCAGACAGAUAAGCCGUCUCCAGGUUUCCCUGCUUGCAUCGUCGUACGAUACCAUGCCCAGUAUGUGGACCAAUGGCUGUAUGGAAUUGUGUCGAGCUCUCAUCGAUCGCCCGAACCUGACCGAGUUGACCUUCGUCAUGACAGGUUGGUUCACGUCUAAGCAAGUCAAGCCGGUCAUAUCAGCACCGGACAAAGCAUUGGGCCUUGUUGGAUCUGUAUAUGCGCGACGCAUCCCACCAUUGCAGCACAUGCUGUAUCUUCGGGGUCGCACCGUCACGUGUGAGGGCAUUGAACCAGAUCUUGCACAUGCCCUUUGUGACACAUUGACGUUGCCGAGUCCAGAUCUUGAUCUACCUUCCAGGCUGCACGCACUGGAAAAGGUGGGGUCGGAGGCGGCCAAGUACAGGGCCGGCGACAGGAGUAUUCGAAAUUGGCCGACCUUUUACUACCUCCAUGACAAGAUGAGGCAAUACGUUUGGGUCAUGGAUACAGACCGGUUCUUCAGCGCCGAGGCGUUUUUAAUGGAGUCGGUGGGCAAAUUCUGGGCGGAAGUGGCAGAACGACGUCCCAAUCGAGGCCUUAUAUGCAACAUCAAUCCUCGCUUCGAAUCAUACAAGCGCAAGUAUCUGCCAAGUGCCUCAAACUCCUCAGCGAACGUCAGCAACGCGUCCGCUUGA